CCACUGGGAAAGGUAAAGCGGCGACGGCGGCCUCAGGAGCUGUGGGGUCCCCGGCUGGAGGUGGGAGACUCGGCGGGGGAAUCAUUUAAUACUUCACAUUACAACAAAAUGUGAAAGUUCCUGCCAACCUGUGAGAAUUUCUUCCUUCAACAUUUUCUAUUUACUGCACAACUUUCUCAGUUCUUUUUUGAUGCCAUGUUUUGUGGCUUGCAUCAAAAGAGGAGUUUGUCUUCAUGAAGAUUCCUAACAUUGGUAAUGUGAUGAAUAAAUUUGAGAUCCUUGGGGUUGUAGGUGAAGGAGCCUAUGGAGUUGUGCUUAAAUGCAGACACAAGGAAACACAUGAAAUUGUGGCAAUCAAGAAAUUCAAGGACAGUGAAGAAAAUGAAGAAGUCAAGGAAACGACUUUACGAGAGCUUAAAAUGCUGCGUACUCUCAAGCAGGAAAACAUCGUGGAGCUGAAGGAAGCCUUUCGUCGGAGGGGGAAAUUGUACUUGGUGUUUGAAUAUGUUGAAAAAAAUAUGCUUGAACUGCUGGAAGAAAUGCCAAAUGGAGUUCCACCUGAAAAAGUUAAAAGUUAUAUCUAUCAGCUAAUCAAAGCUAUUCACUGGUGCCAUAAGAACGAUAUUGUACAUAGAGAUAUCAAGCCAGAAAAUCUCUUAAUCAGCCACAAUGAUGUUUUGAAACUGUGUGAUUUUGGUUUUGCUCGGAAUCUAUCAGAAGGCAAUAAUGCUAAUUAUACAGAAUAUGUGGCCACCAGGUGGUAUCGGUCUCCAGAACUCUUACUUGGAGCUCCUUAUGGAAAGUCCGUAGAUAUGUGGUCAGUGGGCUGUAUUCUUGGGGAGCUCAGUGAUGGACAGCCUUUAUUUCCUGGAGAAAGUGAAAUCGACCAACUUUUUACUAUUCAGAAGGUGCUAGGACCACUUCCAUCUGAGCAGAUGAAGCUCUUCUACAGUAAUCCUCGAUUCCAUGGGCUCCGGUUUCCAGCUGUUAACCAUCCUCAGACAUUGGAGAGAAGAUACCUUGGAAUUUUAAAUAGCGUCUUACUUGACUUAAUGAAGAAUUUACUGAAGUUGGACCCAGCUGACAGAUACCUGACAGAACAGUGUUUGAAUCACCCUACAUUUCAAACCCAGAGGCUUUUGGAUCGCUCCCCUUCAAGGUCAGCAAAAAGAAAACCUUACCACGUGGAAAGCAGCACUUUGUCUAAUAGAAAUCAAGCCAGUAAAAGUACUGCUUUGCAGUCUCACCACAGAUCCAACAGCAAGGAUAUCCAGAACCUAAGUGUGGGUCUGCCCCGGGCUGACGAAGGCCUUCCCGCCAAUGAAACUUUCCUAAACGGAAAUCUUGCUGGAGCUACUCUUAGUCCCAUGCAUACCAAAACCUAUCAAGGAAGCAGCCAACCUGGGUCUACCAGCAAAGAUCUUACCAACAACAAUAUACCACAUCUUCUCAGCCCAAAAGAAGCUAAGUCAAAGACAGAGUUUGAUUUUAAUAUUGACCCGAAGCCUUCGGAAGGCCCAGGCACAAAGUACCUCAAGUCAAGCAGCAGAUCUCAGCAGAACCGGCACUCAUUUAUGGAAAGCUCUCAGAGCAAAGCCGGGACGCUGCAGCCCAGUGAAAAACAGAGCCGGCAUAGCUACAUUGACACUAUUCCCCAGUCCUCUAGGAGUCCCUCCUACAGGACCAAGGCCAAAAGCCACGGGGCUUUGAGUGACUCCAAGUCUGUGAGCAACCUUUCUGAAGCCAGGGCCCAAAUUGCAGAGUCUAGUACCAGUAGGUACUUCCCAUCCAGCUGUUUGGACUUGAACUCUCCCACCAGCCCGACCCCCACCAGGCACAGCGACACGAGAACUUUGCUGAGCCCCUCGGGGAGAAAUAAUCGAAGUGAGGGCACUCUUGACUCCCGCCGAACCACAACCAGGCAUUCUAAAACGAUGGAGGAAUUAAAGCUGCCAGAGCACAUGGACAGCAGCCAUUCCCAUUCUCUGUCCGCACCUCAUGAAUCUUUUUCUUAUGGGCUGGGUUACACUAGCCCCUUUUCCUCCCAGCAGCGUCCACACAGGCAUUCCAUGUACGUGACCCGGGACAAAGUGAGAGCCAAAGGCUUGGACGGAAACUUGAGCGUAGGGCAAGGAAUGGCGGCCAGGGCCAACAGCCUGCAGCUCUUAUCACCUCAGCCUGGAGAACAGCUCCCUCCAGAGAUGACUGUGGCUCGAUCUUCCGGUAAAGAAUCCUCCAGAGAAGGCACCUCUUCAUUCCACGCAAGGCAGAAGUCUGAGGGUGGAGCAUAUCAUGACCCCCACUCUGAUGAUGGCACCGCCCCCAAAGAAAAUAGACACCUGUACAAUGAUCCUGUUCCGAGGAGAGUUGGCAGUUUCUACCGAGUGCCAUCUCCUCGUCCAGACAAUUCUUUCCAUGAAAAUAAUGUAUCAACCAGAGUGUCUUCCCUACCAUCAGAGAGUAGUUCUGGAACUAACCACUCAAAAAGACAACCAGCAUUCGAUCCAUGGAAAAGUCCUGAAAACAUUAGUCAUUCUGAACAACUCAAGGAAAAGGAAAAACAAGGUUUUUUCAGGUCAAUGAAAAAGAAAAAGAAGAAAUCUCAAACAGUACCCAAUCCUGAUGGCCCUGAUCUUCUGACACUACAGAAAGCCAUUCACUCUGCUAGCACCCCGGGCAGCAGACCAAAGGAGUGGCGUCCUGACAAGAUCUCUGAUUUACAGACCCAAAGCCAGCCGUUAAAAUCACUGCGCAAGCUGUUACAUCUCUCUUCAGCCUCAAAUCACCCGGCUUCCUCAGACCCCCGCUUCCAGCCCUUAACAACUCAACAAGCCAAAAAUUCCUUCUCAGAAAUUCGGAUCCACCCCCUGAGCCAGGCCUCUGGCGGGAGCAGUAACAUCCGGCAGGAGCCCACACCCAAGGGCCGGCCAGCCCUCCAGCUGCCAGGUCAGAUGGACCCUGGUUGGCACGUGUCCUCUGUGAGCCGGAGUGCCACAGAGGGGCCCUCCUACUCUGAACAGCUGGGUGCCAAGAGUGGGCCAAACGGGCACCCUUAUAACAGAACAAAUCGGUCUCGAAUGCCAAAUCUGAAUGAUUUAAAAGAGACAGCCUUGUAGUGUGCGCUGGGGUAGGGGAUGGGGGGGUAGGUAAGCCA